AUGGCGAUCUCUGAUGUGCCUGAAAGCGUAGGCAACGCCACCGGUCAAAGCGACUCAGAUCUCAGACGGCCUUCUAUGCGGCGGAGGUCCAGCGUCACCUCCACGGGCGGCCUCUUCGACGCUGAAGGCGCCGCUAGAGAUUCCGGCUCCGACGAAUCCGUGUACAGCAAAAACGUCGAGGAGAAUAAAGAUUGCAAGCCGAAUCAUGCAGCCUCCGAUGAUAAUGCCGUCACCAAUGACGUCCGGAAAGAGCACCAGGAAGCAGUCGUCGAUGUCAAAUACGCUUACCGUCCCUCCGUUCCUGCUCACCGCAGAAUCAAGGAGAGUCCGCUCAGCUCCGAUAACAUCUUCAGACAGAGUCACGCAGGACUGUUCAAUCUCUGUAUAGUAGUGCUUGUUGCGGUGAACAGCAGACUUAUCAUUGAGAACAUAAUGAAGUAUGGUUGGUUGAUUAAGUAUGGCUUUUGGUUUAGUUCUAAAUCGUUGAGAGAUUGGCCCCUCUUCAUGUGCUGUCUUAGUCUCGCCAUAUUUCCAUUUGCUGCCUUUAUAGUGGAAAGGCUGGCACAACAGAAGUGUAUUUCUGAACGGAUGCAUUUGACUGACAUCCAUAUAACACUUAAUCCCAUUGCAGUAACAGAAAAGGUGAUCACAUAUUUGGCUUUCUUUUUAGAUGUUGAUUUCCUUGUAAGGGAUAGGAUAAAGAGGUGCGAUUCUGCUUUUGUAUCUGGUGUCACGUUGAUGUUAUUUACAUGCAUUGUGUGGUUAAAAUUGGUGUCAUAUGCACAUACAAACUAUGAUAUGAGAGCAGUAACUGUUUCAAAUGAAAAGGGAGAAACAUUACCAAAUACUUUGACUAUGGAUUAUCCAUACACUGUGACGAUCAAGAGUUUGGCAUACUUCAUGGUUGCACCUACAUUGUGCUAUCAGACAAGCUAUCCUCGCACCCCUUCUGUUCGAAAGGGUUGGGUGUUUCGUCAACUCUUCAAGCUGAUAAUAUUUACAGGAGUCAUGGGAUUUAUAAUCGAGCAAUAUAUGAAUCCUAUUGUACAAAAUUCGCAUCAUCCUUUGAAGGGAAACCUUCUAUAUGCAAUUGAAAGAAUUCUGAAGCUAUCUGUGCCAAAUGUAUACGUGUGGCUCUGCAUGUUCUACUGCUUUUUCCACCUCUGGUUAAAUAUACUUGCAGAGCUUCUUCGAUUUGGUGAUCGUGAGUUCUAUAAAGAUUGGUGGAAUGCCAGAACUGUUGAAGAGGUAGGCUCAGUCCUGGCAUUAUUGGAGGAUGUGGAAUAUGCCUGUGCACAAAUGGAUGGUUCGCCACAUAUAUUUUCCAUGCAUAAGGAAUGGUAUACCCAAGUCCAUAUUGCAGACCUAGGUGGUGCUUCAUUAAUUGCCUUCCUUGUUUCUGCCGUUUUUCACGAGGUGAGUGGUUCAUCUCUCCUAUCCCCAAUUGUUGUGUCACCCUUUUGUUAUGCAUUGCCGUUCCUUGCCACAUGUAUAAAUUUUGCACAAAACCUAAGAAAUGAAAAGGGUGCAGUGAGAGUUCAACUCCUGUUCUAUGGCCAAGCUCAAGAUAACGUUCCUUUGGUCUUGAUCACUAAUUACCUGCAAAACAAGUACAGAAACUCAAUGGUUGGAAAUAUGAUCUUUUGGUUCAUAUUUUGGACGUCUGCUUUGACAGUUGGUAAAGCAAUUCCAUCGGAUUUGCUGAGUCUUUGGAGGUUGAUUCAUCGUCUUCAUCUUUUAGGGAUAGCUGUAAAUGCCAAAGUUGUUUGA